AAUUAGGUUUGAUGAAUGAAACCUGAUCGUUAUCUACUCUUCAUUCAUCUUCCCAUUAUAUUCCCAAACAAAAGUAUUAUAAAGGGAGAGAGGGGCAAUAAAAAUCACUUAUUCGAAAUCGGUUGAGCUCUCAAGCCUUGAAUCGGUUCCUCAUCCACCGAUUUUCCUGUUAGAAUUUCUUCAUGUCGGUUGAUGCUUGAUAUUGUCUUUGAAUCCACUUCCUCAGAUUCUCUGACUUGCCGGAGCUGGUGUCUUUUUGAAUUUUCAAGGUGAGAUAUUGUUAAUUUUCAUGUUGAAAGAUAGAAUUGGAGGUCAGGGUUAAUUGAUUUUCUAAUUUCAUGAAGUUUCCAAAUAGAAUCUCUCUUAAUUUCAUUCUUUUAUUGGAAAAUUUGUGUGUUUUACUGUUUCAAAAGGGAGAAUUAGGGGUUAGGGUUUGUUGGAUUACCAAUAUUCAAUUACAAUCAGACGUACAGAUUGUUGUUUAUAGCGGGUUUUCCUUUCUGGUGGAUGGUUUCUCUGUGGUUUUCUAUAGCCUAAAGAAAUUUGGUUACCCUAUGCGUGUGCUAAUAUGUUUCUAUUUCAUGCUAAUUAUUAAAGAUUAUUUUGAGUUUGAAUUUAUUCCAUUUGAUAAUCUGAAUUUAUGAGUUUUGAUGGUCAUUUGUAGCUCAGUUGCUCAAAAUACUUUUUUUACCUUAAUAUGCUAAUAUGCAGUUAGCUCUUUGAUGCUCUUCUUGGUAUUGACAGGAGGGAUACGUCACAAUUAAUUUGUUCUUUAAAAAGUUGUCUAUAUGUUAAAAUUUCCAAUUUGUUUCUAGAAGUAGAUCAUGGCAAUUGUGAUGUCUAGAUAGCAUCAUGGCAGCAUCCUAUCCCUGAUGCCAAGAGGCUCUCUGAAUGUGCACAAUUGAGGGUUUGCGCAUGACUCUUCAACCUCAGCCUAAAGUUUCAACUGGUAUGGGUGUGAACAAUGAACUAUAUACACAGGUUGAAAUAGAUGGGGAUGUGUGGGGUAAGGGACUUGGGAUGACAUGGGAUGAAGCUAAGAUGCAGGCUGCAGAAGCUGCUUUUCAAAAUCUGAAAGCAAAGAUUGGCCAAUUCCCUCAAAAACAUCAACUUUCUUCUAGAUCAUUUCAAGGAAUGCCAACGAAACGGUUUCGACCAGAGGACCCUAGAGUUAUGCAAAGAAUGGCAGCAUCAGCAAGAUACCCCAAGCACAACGCCUCUCUCGUUCCUUGACAAACUUGCAAAUCUUCUUGCUACAAAUUUCCAACCGUACCUUGGGACGUUUUGACUUACUUAUAGCCUAUAGCUUAGAGUGUGAUAUGUCUAAAGGGACGUUUUUUUCGGUCGUAACAUAGUUAAUUUGUAUAGAAGGUUUUACACUUUAUCAGCGCGUUGGGCUAGGUUGACCCAAAGCACUUUUAGCCGGUGUGUCAAAUAUGAUUAUAA